AGAGCCUAACAGACAAACAACGCCAGUGUAGAUAGCAGAUAGACAGACACACUCGCUGCGCUAUCUCUAUCGCAGAGCAACACAUUUUUACACAAACGUGCAAGUCAAGUCAAAACAAAAACAGUAACAAUUCAUUUAAAGUAGGGCCGAAUUUUAGCAGGUCCAUGCAUUAAUACUUUUGAUGUCCCUCAGAAUUUGAUGGUUUUUUUUUCAUCAAUUCCAGGGAAUGAUCAAAAGAAGCACUUUUGGUUUCUGUCAUCUGUUUUGAACAGAAACCUGGAUUUUUUUUCUUUCCCUUUGGACAAAGGAAAACAAGGGGAACAGAAAGAGAAGAAGACAUCAGCUCACCGAACAGAGCAAGGAGUCUAGCCAGAUAAGAAGAAGAAGAAGAAGAAGCAUCUUCACUCUUCUCCCAGAGGGACUGCCGGUGAUUUCCUCCACCUGCGCACCUCUCUCUGCUUCGCAGACUUUUCUCUUCCACACACACGCACACACAAGCCGUGUGCACACACAGACACACAGCCAACCACACAGGCACACAGAGCCUAACUAACAUUCUCCAGCCUCAGCCCUGAAAAAGGAUGGCUGCAGCCAAGACCGAGAUGCUUCUGCCCGGCCUUCAGAUCUCAGAUCCCCUCAACUUCCCCCACUCCCCCAUGGAUAGCUACCCCAAGCUGGAGGAGAUGAUGCUGCUCAACUCGGCGGGGACCCCCUUCCUCAACGCCUCUGCACCCGAGGGUGCAGCCUUCGGCAACGGGGAGGCAGGAGAGCAGUACGACCAUCUGACUGGAGACACUCUGUCCGAGAUCUCCCUGAACUGCGAGAAGUCACUGGCGGAGCAGACCUACACGCAGCGGCUGCCACCCAUCUCCUACACGGGCCGCUUCACCCUGGAGCCGGCUGUGAGUGGCGCCGCCAGCCUGUGGGGCGAGCCCCUCUUCAGCCUGGUCAGUGGCCUUGCGGGCAUCAACACGCCCUCCAGCACGGCUUCGGCGUUGGCGGCCGCCGUUGCGUCCUCAGCCUCCUCCGUGUCCAUCGCAGCUUCUCUGAACACUCCGUCCUCCUCCUCCUCCUCCCCUGUGUCCUCCGCCUCCUCCCUGGUGGCGUCCUCCUCUUCGGCCUCCCUCAGCUGUGCCGUGCACCAGAGCGAGCCCAAUCCUAUCUACUCGGCGGCGCCCACCUACUCCAGCACCAGCCCCGACAUCUUCCCGGAGCAAAGCUCCAGCUUCCCCAGCACUGUGGGGGCCGUGGGGGGUGCCCUGCAGUACCCACCGCCCGCCUACCCCAACGGCAAGAGCAACGGGCCCAGUUUCCCCGUGCCCAUCAUCCCUGACUACCUCUUCCCGCAGCAGCAGAGCGAGAUCAGCCUGGUGCCUCCAGACCAGAAACCCUUCCAGACACAGGUGGGCCAGCAGCAGCAGCCCUCGCUCACGCCGCUCUCCACCAUCAAAGCGUUCGCCACCCAGACGGGCUCGCAGGACCUGAAGAGCGUCUACCAGUCGCAGCUGAUCAAGCCCAGUCGCAUGCGCAAGUACCCCAACCGGCCCAGCAAGACGCCGCCACACGAGCGGCCCUACGCCUGCCCUGUGGAGACCUGCGACCGCCGCUUCUCCCGCUCCGACGAGCUGACGCGCCACAUCCGCAUCCACACGGGCCAGAAGCCCUUCCAGUGCCGCAUCUGCAUGCGCAACUUCAGCCGCAGCGACCACCUGACCACACACAUCCGCACGCACACCGGCGAGAAGCCCUUCGCCUGCGAGAUCUGCGGCCGCAAGUUUGCCCGCAGUGACGAGCGCAAGCGCCACACCAAGAUCCACCUGCGGCAGAAGGACAAGAAGGCUGACAAGAGUGCAGCGGCGGCAGCAGCAGCAGGUGUAGGCGUUUGCUCAACCGUGUCCGCCACCAGCAUCUCCAUCCCCUCCCCAGUGUCUAGCUACCCAUCCCCCAUCGCUUCCUACCCGUCUCCGGUGUCCUCCUACCCGUCGCCGGUGCCCUCCUGCUACCCCUCCCCCUCCAUCGCCACAACGUACCCUUCCUCGGCGAGCAGCGCCUUCCAUACGCAGGUAGCCACCUCCUUCCCCUCCUCGGUGGCCACCAACAUCUACAGCUCGCCCGUCACCACUCCGCUGCCCGACAUGCAGACCACACUCUCGCCACGGACAGCCGAGAUCUGCUAAGAGACAGUUGUUUUCCCUCCAGCCACCCUUCUUUUCCCUGCUCUCCCUCCCGCCCUGCCCAUGCACUCUAAGACCACUGCAUUUGCAAAGUCGUGCAGCUCAGUGCAAGCGGAGCUCGGCUCAGAUGAGCCACUGGGGAGAGGAGAAGAGAGAGAGGAGAAAGAGAGUGUGAGAGAGACACACAGAGACUUAAGAGAGGGCCAUCAAAAAGACUUCCUCUGAAAAGCACUUUUCUGCUCGUUCCCCUCCAGAACCUUGAGUUGAGAGAGAGAAAGAGAGACAGAGACAGUGGAGAAAAGAAAAUUGUCAAGGACUUUAACAAAGACAGCAAGAAGACAAAAGGGAACUGUUCUCCACUCCCCAAAAUCCCUUACCUAAAACAAGGCAUAAGAAAGCGUAAUGAUGAAAGGCAGAAAACAAGCUAUGGCAGGUCUUUAUUUUUUUUCUGACUGUACACAGAGACACACUCAAACAUACCUACACACAUCAGAGAAAAACAAGGAUUUCAACUGUCUUUGAAUUCAAAACCUGCAGUCUUUAAGCUCAUACAAAACAAAGGAGACAUUUACAAAAGACUUUGGCUAAUAUACAUAAGUUACAGUAUAUGUAUAUUGUACAGGUGCCAUGUUUCAUUAUGUUCUCUUCAUUUUUUGGUACCAUUGUUGUGAAAAAUUAUUUGCAUAUUUGCAUUGUAUUAUUUGAAUUGAGCAGGGCCAUAUUUUAUAAGAUCCUUUCCGUAUUACGUAGUGAAAAUGCUGUGAUAAGUUCUUGACUUUGUUUGGGAUUUAAAAAAAACGCACUUAAGUAUUCUGAAGCAUGUGUAAGAGUGUUGUUAGUUUCUCUUUUUUUGUAUAUAUCAUCCACUGGUACUAUCCUUACCUUUCUCACACGUGACAAGGCAGUCUGUUUUGUUUUUUUUGGGAGGGGAGGGAGGGUUUCUUUUCUUUCACUCUCAUAUUUUCAAGUUUUUCGGUGCCUUUUGUGAAGCCUUGCUGGCGUUUUCUGACACAAGUCAUGUGCGCAAGUUGAUGCUUUGCAUCGAGCCUUAACGUGGAAGGGAUUUUUUUUUAAGAGAAUGUAAGUUACAUUUCAAGGAACGAAGGGAACAGAUUCAUGGGCACUGGUCAUUUCUUUCGGAUGUAAGCAAAAAAAGAAAACUAUAAACUAUAUUUUUUUAAUGUAAAUACAUCUUCAGGAGUUGGAAUGUUGUAGUUACCUACUGAGUAGGCAUGGGAUUCUUUUGUAUGUUUACUUACAUGCAGUCCAUUAUUUUGUUGUUAUUUUAAUUUUGUAUUUGUGUUUGUUAAACCAAGUGACUGUUUAUGGCUUAUAAACACAUUGAAUGCGCUUAACUGCCAAUGGGAUAUUUGGUGUACAAGAUAUCCUUCCAGAACUGAAAUAUAAAUAAAAUAUAAAUAUAUAUGUUCAA